GUGGUAGCAGCGUCUGUCACAGCAAACUUGUCUCCACGCAGCCACAGCUCAAUUGCAGAUAAUCGUGAACCAGCGCAUCCAAGUUCAGCCGUCUAUCACGCCUAGCGGUCCUCGCGUCCUAACCAGCCAGACUAUUUGUGAUGACGUGCCUUCCCCCUGUGCGCUACUACAGCUGAAAAACAACAAUCAAACAUCUCAAUUUAAACAUUUCUGGAAGUGUUUAUGCUGCAGUUAUGGCAGACCUGCUUCGCACGCUUAUAUUCGGCUCCACACUGUUGUUCCUGUUGUCCUGUGACGCCCUACUGAGUGAUGGGCCACCCACCCUGCUGUCCACCUCCCAGCCCUCCCAGCCCUCUCCUCUGUCCCUCAUGGACCUGGAUCUAGAUGUGGAGGAGCAACCUGAGAUGAUGACCGUUCCAGGCAGCCCCACCAUGGUACCAGGCCUAACCUCCCAGGGACGGGAGACAUCCCAGCAGGACACGUCCCAGGAGUCCUCAGGGUUCUUCAGUGAGGACAGUGAAGACAACAAGCCUCUCCAGUCCUCUGUUAACCUCUGGGACGAUGUCAGAGACCAAGUCAACAUCACUGGUCUAGACAGGAACUCCCUCAGAGGUUACAGUCAGACCCUCUCCCAGUCCUCCACCUCUCCUGUGGAGGAACCCAGACAGGGGAACCAAACCUCUCCUUUCAUGACUGAGGUGGAGAACCUGGAGCGGGAGCUAUGGGAGAUGGAGAGAGAGUCCAGCGGCCUCCCCAUGGAGCCUGGCUAUGACCAGAGCCAGGCCCUGCCUGCCACCACCACCAUCCCUGCUGCUGACCCUGUGGCUCCUGUAGAUUCAACCACCUUAGACCCACAAUAUGUCCCAGUACACGGUGGCCCGGAAUCACCUCCUGGGGACACAGUGGAGGAAGAGGUAGCAGAGGAGGAGGAGGAGGAGGAGGAGACGGAUGGGGAGAUGAAGAGGGAGAGUCCCACCACUGAGCCUGACGCCUCCAUCGCCACCUCCAGACCCACCCUCCCAGAGGUGGGUGUCUUCCCCAGCUUUGGGCCCCUCCAGCCGGACAACACUCAUACAGAAGGCCGGGAGGAGGUGGUGGAGGAAGAGGAGGCAGUGGUCCUUGGAGGACCUGGGAGUGACUGGGGAAGAGGAGGGAGAGGAGGGGACAUCUCUCCCCUGACCACGGUCCCCUCUACUUCUUUGGCCCCCACGGUCGGCUUCACAGAGGACUCCUGGGAUCGUCUAGAGGACGAGGAGGUGUUCCCUGGGAGGGAGGGCCAGGAGGAGGAGAGGAGGCAGGAGGAGGAGGAGCAGGAGGUCAAACAUGGAGGAACAGAGCUGUAUACAGAGGCAGAGCUCCUCCCUGGUGCACACUUCUCACAGGAGAUACAGCAGGUGAUCUGUGUGGACUGGAGCGAUCUGGCUGGGAAGGGCUACGUCAUCCUCAACAUGUCAGACAACGUUGACUGUGAUGAGUUCCGUGUGGAGAGUGGGGACCGUCUCCUGGAGCUACUAGAAACAGCCUUCUCUAGGAAGAUGAACAGUCCUCAGGGCUCCUGGCUCAUCUCUCUCUCUAAACCCACCAGGCAGGACCACCAGCUGCUCAUCACACUGGCCAGCGAACACGGAGUCAUUGCCACCAAGGAUGUGCUGUCGAUGUUAGGAGAGAUAAGGAACGGUUUACACGAGAUCGGUAUACAGAGCUACAGCAGUGCUAGCACCUGUCACUCCAGACCCAGUCAGACGCGUAGUGACUACGGGAAGCUGUUCGUGGUCCUGGUGAUCAUAGGUUCUGUCUGUGUGGUCAUCAUCGCCUCUGGUCUCAUCUAUAUCUGCUGGCAGAGACGCCUGCCUAAGCUGAAGACUAGGACUCGAGGAGAGGAGCUCCAUUUUGUGGAGAAUGGCUGCCAUGACAACCCCAGCCUGGACGUGACGAGUGACGGGGGGCAGCCAGAGAUGCAGGAGAAGAAACACCACCAUUACCACCACGCUAACGGACUGACGGCUGGGACCGGGUCUGGGGGGAUGGCCGGGGAGGAGGGAGGGAGCAGUGGCUGGCAGGUCCUGGUCAACAAACCUAGAGAGAAGGAAGAGGACACACACCUUUAGUAGAGAGAAGAAGAGUGGAAGUGGAGGAUGGAAAAGGUAGCCUGGAUCCAGAUCUGUUUGUGCUGUCUUCCCAACUUACAUUCACAUUUACAUUUUAGUCAUUUAGCAGACGCUCUUAUCCAGAGCGACUUACAGUUAGUGAGUGCAUACAUUUUUCAUAUUAUAUGUGAUGUGUUGGUUUGGAAUUUCAUUAUAUAUUGUGCAAAAUGUCUUUGCAGUGUUGACAGAGAUCAUGGUCCAACUUCUAUGGUCAUUGUCACAUUUGGCGUGGCAAGAUGGCACAAACACAUCUGGGAGUCGGAUAAGGCUAGAAAGAUAACUCGUGAUGAAGAAGCAAAAAAACAUCAGUGUUGUGAAACUUGUGAAUGCAUCGGCUGUCAAAUUAGAAACACACAUAAACUAAACUAAUCAGAAGUCAACUACUUUAAAGCUACUUAGAUGUUUUAUCAUUUGACUAUGAUUAUAUGAUAUGGACUUCAUCUUCUCUGCUUUCUUUUUUUUUGGCAACUAAGCAUGAUUCACAUCUAUUACUAAACACUGUACAGCUAAAGGGACUUUUCAGAAUGUUGAAACAUUGAACCGUUCGAAUAUUCAACCAGAGUGAAUAGAGGAGAUAUCCCUCUGUUACGAGUAUGAAUGUUUGUCGUGGAACUACUGAAGUUAGGAUAUUGUAUUUAACGCGUUGAAUGCAGACGUAAACGCUAUGUGCUAGCUACUCUUUUAUUAUGUAAAGUUGGAAUGGCUGCUCUGUAUCUGGUCAGUUCACACUGAUCUCAGUUCAAAAUCACAAUCAUUUGGAAGCAUCCAUUACUCCCAGCCUCCUUACAAUCAAGAAUAAGUUAGCAGAGUAACUGUCUUGGUUGCCUGAUCUGAUUGCUUUAGCAAGGUUGGCUAAAGCACAAUUAGCCAACCUUGCUAAAGGUGGUUGGCUAAAGCACAAUUACAUCUGGCAACCAGACUGCAAAACAACAGAGGGAGGCUGUCAAUAUUUAUAUUGCUUUCAGUUAUAGUUAUAUAUAUAUAUAUAUAUAUAUCACACUGAAUUAAUUCAUCAUAAGCACAGCAAAUAUUGUUUUGGGCUAUUAACUGUAGAAGUGAAGGCCUGUAAAUAUGAAUGUAAUUUGAAGUCAAGCUGCUAUAAUUUAUUAUGUGGCGCUAAUGACAUUCUGUCAUUUAAAUGUGAACAAUAUAUCUUCUCUGCCUGACAGUAUUGCCACAGCUUCAAAAUGGUGGGAUAUGGUUUUUAGUGCACAGUCAGCUUGAGCGCAGCUUUUUUCACAGACCUUUUUGAAAGGGAACAAUAUCACCAAGCAGGCAUGCUGGCCUACGCUGUGCUUGGCCUAUGAGUAUUUGAAACGCUUAAAUCAGUAAUACAAGCUAAAACUGUUUUGCUUUCAAAGGAAGGAAUAUUAUAUGGGAGGGAUAGGCUAAUAAACUAAUUCUGUCCCCUC